UGUCACAAGCAACCUCGCAACAACAUUUUAUUUGGCUUGUACUGUUUUUCUUGUUAAAGAAAAUUAGUUUUUAAAAUUUAACUAUAUUUAGUGCAAAAUCGCGGUUUCGUUUAUCUCUCUCUAAUGGCUGGUCAGGGGCAUCAGUUUCCCGGUAACUUUCAGGGAAAUGCCGGUGCAAUGCGGUCCGGUUUCGGUGGCGCUCCGAUGGGGGGCCAAAUGCAACCUAUGCCCAACCAGUUAGCAGGGGUGAUGGGCGGUGGAAUGGCCAACCCCGGCGGCAUGGUGGGCAUGGGCAACCAGAUGGUGCCUCCAUAUGCGGCAGCCAUGCAGAACCAAAUGGGAGCUAUGGGUAUGGGACCACAGGGCAUGGGAGUGGGUGUUGGAGGUAACCCAAACCCAGGAUUAGCCCAAGCUGUGCAGCAACAAGCAAGCAUGCAGCAAGCAGUGGCGGUACCUACAUCUGCUGCUCCAGCAACUGCCUCAGCGCCCGCACAGCCGCAGCAGAACAAGGACUUUAACACUGCUUCGCUUUGCAAAUUUGGCCAAGAGACAGUACAAGAUAUAGUCAGCAGGACACAGGAUGUUUUUCAAACAUUGAAAGCAAUUCAACCUCCAAACGGCACUCAGAUCGGCGAGAACGCUAGUAACGAUAAGAAGACGAAGAUGCAAGAGCAGUUACGCACGAUACGGCUUUUGUUUAAACGUCUGCGCCUGGUGUAUGACAAAUGCAACGAGACGUGUCAGGGUAUGGAAUACACACACAUGGAGAGCCUAAUCCCGCUGAAGGACGAGGCCGACAACAAGACUUUAGACGAGCGGCGAAACACGGAGUCUUACCGACGAGACUUGGAGGAGAACAGGGAGCUAACGGAACAGGUAGUCCUCAAGAACAAACAGCUCAAAGAAGUCAUAACGAACUUAAGGACUAUCAUAUGGGAAAUUAAUGUUAUGCUUACUAUGAGACGAUCUUAAACUAUUUAAAAAAUAUUCUUCUUCUUUUCGUGUCGUGGCUCCACCCCUACUUCUAUACGAUGGAUGCCCAGUAGGCAGCGGUGUUGACAACCUUUACAAAUAUUGUACAACCAAUUCAUACCAUUGAAGUUUUUUUUUAUAUGUUAGUGAUAUUCUGGAGAUAUUAUGAUGGACGUGUAUGCGGUGUAUGUUAGAUGUAUAGAAAGUAAGGAUCAUAAGCUAAGUAGAUUUUUAAUUCUGUGAUAGUAUAUAUUAUCUAGUAUAAGUAAAUAUAUCUUUGAAGAUAUCCUUCCGUCUUAUCUUUUAGGAUAAUGUAGGUAUUACUAAACGCCACGAGCUUUUGGGAGGUUAGGUUUACACCUUUGAUCAAAGAUUUGUUUUCUCAUUCUCAAGUAAUAAAAAAUUUGGCUACUA